CCAUGCUUUGCUAUAAUUCCACGCCUAUGACGCCUCGCUGUUGUUUUCUGCUGACAUAUCCUAAGUUGGGUGCUCAAGAGGGAUUGCAUGAUUGGCUUUUGUUUCUGACGCUCGUUGUAGGCCUCGCCUCAUGGGAACCAGAUUCUGUGCUGCGUCGUUACCAUCAGGCUUUCUACUGUACAUCCGUCGUUCAUAUUAUAAUUCGUUUGUUUUUAUUUUUUUAUGAUUUUUUAACUUUUCUGAGUAUGUGUUUUUUUGUGUGGGCUUUUGGAGUAGAGGGGGCAGGAACUAUCUGUGAAGAAUCACGUCUCUUGUUUUUACUGUUGGCGAGACCGAAAGAAGACUGUGGCAAGGGCGAUGCCAUGAGUGUGCUGCUUCUGCACAUGGCCGAUUUGGAGGAGACUCUCGCGUUGGGUCUAGGAAGUAUUUGUCCUACCGUCACUCUUCUCUCUUGCUCAGGGUUUUGAUGAGCUUGCUCAUUGGGUGAAACCUCCAUGCAUCAUCAUAACAGCUACUCCAUGCAAGUAACCAGGUUGUCACAUAGAAAUCUGAACUUGAGUACCCUUCAGAAUUAGACGCCCAAAAGUUCGCUGCAAGUGAAUGCUGGGACCCUAAAUAACUCUGCAGUGUAGGAUUCUGAGAUUUGGGAGAAUGUUCGUGCAGGUAAGUUUUCUUCACCUGAUGAGUUCUCAUUAACUCAAAUUGUAUGACUUCGAUGUCGCAAAAUUCGGGGGAAAAAAACUUUGGUAAUGGAUGAGAGAAGACAAUGAGAAUUUGUGGAGACAGCCCGCAUCUCAGUUAUUUCAGAGCGCUCGAGGCAGUUGAGACAUUCCUAAUAUUCUUCGGAUAGCAGCGAUUGCUCAACACCACAAUUAAUCAUCUCCGGCACCGGCCACAUCUGCCGGCUACCCACACUGAUAUCCGUAGACAGGGAGAAUUCUAGUAGAACAGUAAAAUUCACCUUGUAUGUACUGUUUAAGGUUAUGUGUUGAUCGGAGAGUGCACAGCGGCAUAGCAGCUGCCAGUGGUAGCUGUACACACAGAUCAAAGGGAAGAGCCAAGCAAGAGGUACAGAGACUGGAUACAUCACUGCAGAACCCCAAAAGACCGUUACCAUUCAAGGGGGACAGUUUAAUAGACACUCCUGUCAGGCAGCAGAAGAAUCUCUAGAAGGAAUGGCAAGCUGAACGUAAAAAUAAAAAUAAAAUGGCUGCGAUGUCCACAUAACAAAUUUUACGCACCUUUCUUCUGUGUACUUCCUACACAAAUUCUUUUGCUCGCAAGCUGAGAAUUCUAGCAGAACCCUUUAGCGUUUCGUUUCGUUUCGUUUAAAGGUGAUAAGUGUUCGAUCUUAAUUGCGUCAUUGUUGGAGAAGUCAAGGCUCGCUACUGUUGAACCGGAUUUCUUGGAAUAUUAUGUUAGAGAGGAUCGUGACUAAAUUUAAAUUAUUGUCUAGUUGACAUAUUUAACUUGAAAAGAGCUCCGUAAAUAUCUGGAAUAGCUUUUGGAAUUAUAUUCCUUUGGUCUUAGAUAUACAUAUAUACAUAUAUACGUAUUCAUUUGAUUACUGAGUGGAUAUAUCUGUAAAUAUAAAGGGAUAUGUGUGUUUGUGUGUGUGUGGUGGGGUUCGAGUAAUGAAUGGAUUAGGAAGAGGAAACGACACUGGUGUUGGGCGCAAGCUCCAACCCAUUCGCCACAGAUGCUUGAGCUGAUGAUUUGUAUCAUUGGCACGUCACUCAUGCAUCUUGGAGGCGGCGUUCGUUGUAAAUUGGUGCAGGAAUGAAAUCAAUGAAUACGAGUACAGUAAGUCUACAGUAGAAUCCCGUGUCGAAAGUACUGAAUCUAUGGACGAUAUCUGCGUGCCGUCGGCAGUACUUGAAUUAUUCCUCUUUUUUUUUUCUUUUUUUUUUUUUUUUUUUUGUGUUCCAGCAUACUCAGGUAAGAAAUUCUUCAGCAAAAUUUUCACUGUGAGGGUGGAGUAUCUUUAAGCUCUGGUAACAAUCAGUAAUGGUAAACUCAUGAGGUUGUUUAGUGCCGUCCACAGUACAACGUUGUCAAAUCAAGCGGCUCGGAUACAGUGUUUUACUCAAUUGAUUUGAUUCUGAAUAAGUGGAUGCACGAUAACUGGGUUCAGGAGGGAUUGGCUGGAAAUACUGUCAGGGAUACUGAAGCGAUUCAUGAUUAUAGCUUCAUCAAGACGGGAAUGACACGUCAUUUACACAAGGCCACUGCAUGGCGAUCAAUCAGCGCAGGGUAACAAUUUUCUGAUCAGAUGAGGGUUCCUUUACUCUUCACUGCACCUUAAUUCUGUCUUUCUUCCGACCAUUGCGUGGUAUGCCUGGACGUGAUGCAUUAAUGUAGAAGAUUUUAUGAAUGGAUGAACCUCGGACAUUGCCAUACUUGGGUUAUGUUCGCUGCUUCCUGCUUUUGGGAAUAACAUUCCGCUGCAGACGGUUGAGUCCCUGUUAAGUUAAACCAGGCGCCUUCAGCAUCAUUGCAGAUAUUCCAUCUGUUUCAUCGUUUCGGUGGCGUCCUAGUACGCAGUUUGUGUGUCGUCGCGAAGCAAAGAUUGAAGAAAAGACAAUAGAACUGGGAACAUUGUGACUGCAGCUCAGGUGCAUGAGUCAAGCGCAUACCAGACUAGGAGCAGCAAUCAAGGAAGGCGGACUUGGAGUCAAUGCUCAGUCCAUCCAAACUACUACCAUGUUCGAUUCCAAACAUGACUUCAUCACUUUGAUGCUGUUCUAUCAGCUUCUAUCUUAGUUUCAUCUGCACCGAACAGCGACUUCUAUUAUCGCUGCCCCUCAUCCCUUUCGGGUGCGUUAGUUACUGUAUAAUUUACGGUCGAUUUUGGCUCCCUUUCGUAAUGGGUCUAUUAUGUAGAGGGAAGUCCACCAUCGCUGUCUGCAACACCAUAGGUAAAUCUUCACAACCCGCAAAAAAUAGCAGCGGCCUUCAGGUUUUCAAGUUCAAGGACCUUGAAGCAGCAACAGGAGGCUUCGCAGCAGAGAAUCUCAUAGUGAAGACCAGCCAUGGGUUGGUCUUCAAAGGCACACUCAAGGAUGGGCGCGUCGUGGCCGUGAAGAGACCUAGAUCCGGCGCCCGUCUCUGGCAUGACGAGAGCGCAUUCGAGAACGAGAUGCAAAUUCUGUCGAAGCUCUUCAGCCGACGCCUUGUGAAUCUUCUGGGUCAUAGCCAAGAUGGAAACGAGACCUUGCUCGUGGUCGAGCACAUGAUCAAUGGCUCCCUAGACGAUUGCCUACGCGGCUGUAUCGACCGCGCAGUACCUUUAAGCUGGCCAAUGCGAGUACACCUCGCACUCCAAGUUGCAAAAGCCAUCAGGGCACUGCACGCAUCGUCACCUCCCAUCAUCCAUUGCAAUAUCAGAAGCAAUAACGUGUUCAUAGACAAGGACUGGAACGCUCGGCUCGGCGAUUUUGGACUUGCAAGAUAUGUGCAGGAAUCCGAGCCGCCUCUGAAACCGAGAAAUCUGUCCUCAAUUCCAGAAGUCGACACCGAAGAAGGUGCCAGUCAAUUUUUCACAUCCCUGAUGGUUUCUAAUGUUGAUCUGGAGCGGGAAAAUCUCAACCACAUCAGCACCAAAACCGACGUGUUCAGUUUUGGAAUGCUUCUACUGGAGAUUAUGAGUGGCCGCAGCGCUGUCUCCAUGGAUUCGGAUUUCACUCCUUUCAGUCUCCUGCACUGGGCAUUACCAUUCAUCAAACACGGCAACGCCAUAGCCAUCUGUGACACACGACUGAAACCCCCGCAAGUCACCGCCGUGGUGAAACAAUUAGGAACUAUCGCCGCUAGGUGUGUACGCGCUUCAGGGUCCCGUCGACCCUCCAUGGACGAAAUCGUGCAUGGGCUCGCGAAUGUCUGCAAGCUGCUUCCACUACCAAUGUGGAGAGGAUUAGCAGGACUGAGGUCAAGGAUGAAGACCACUCUGCACACAGGCCAGACUAGUUUCUUCACCAGGGCCUGCCAUUCUGAUCAUGCACUCUGCAAAGCUAGCAGAUUCAUCCGGCUACCUUUGUGGGCAGGAUUCUUACGGCUGAGGAAAAGAAAGCUUGCCUUAGUGUUUGGCUUCGGGAAAGUUUUAGAUAAGACACUGCGUCUCGGAACUGAAAGCUACACUCGAUUGCCAGCGCAAGCAAGGAAUUUACCAAAGAGUCACAUGGGAUCUGUCAAGGGCUCCGACACGGGCAGAUUGCGUGGGGGGAUUGUAUACCCAGUGAAUCUGCAGCAAAUGAACGACAUCAGAUCCAGCCUCUUUCAGCCAGCAAGCUACGGCACAGCAGCAGCAGCAAGAGUGCCACACUGUGUCUCCGACAAACAUGAUGCAAGAAUUCAGAUAGGAAAUUUAGCAGAGCGACGUGGGGUGCGGAGGCUGUAAAUGAUUUCAAUAAAUAUGCACACUUGCAUGUUUGACAGAA